AUGACCUACGAAUCAACCAUAACUUUCACGCUAGACACAAUCUGUCCUUGGACAUAUCUAGGCUUCGUCCGCCUCAGCCAAGCCCUCUACAAUUACCAGUCCGCAAACCCCGACUCCCCAGCAACCUUCACCCUCAAACUAGCCCCUUAUCAACUCAAUCCCGAUGCCACCCAAGAAGGCGUCGAUAAAUAUGAAUGGUACAAGAACGAAAAGUACAACGGCAGCGAAGAACGCAUGAACAUGUACAUGGCCGCCAUGGAAGACUUGGGCAGGGCCGAGAACGUCAAGUUUGAUUUCAGGGGUGGCAUGGUAGCGAACACCUUACAUGCACAUCGGAUAUUACAGUAUCUGCAAAACAAUAAACAGCAGGGUAUCCAGCUAAAGGCUCUGAAAUCGCUGUACUGGCAGUAUUUUGAACAGCGCGCUCAUCCGAGCAGUAACGAGACGCUCGUCAAAGCGUGUGUAGCGGCUGGUAUGGCCGAAGACGAGGCGGAGAAGCUGGUGGAGGAUAGUGAUGAAGAGUUGAGAGAGACGAAGGCCGCGAUUCGGGAACAGGUUGGUAACGGUGUGGAUAGUGUGCCGUAUGUUAUUUUUGAGGGGAGGAAGAGGGAUUUUACGCUUGUGGGGGCGAAGAGCGUAGCGGAGUAUGAGAAGGUGUUGGGACAGGUUGUUAAGGAAUGUACGUGA